CCGUUGGUCCCUUGUACUUUUCAAUUUUCAAUAAAACCCUAAAUCCAUUACUCUCACAAGUCACCAAGAAUCAGUAAAUUCAACCCAACUUUCUGAGAAUCUUAACCUUUUUUCUUCAGAUUUUGAAUAAUGGCAUCAAGAACAGCCACCAAGGACAUAAUCACGCUUCGCGGAUCAGCAGCAAUUGUCGCUGAAUUUUUUGGCUAUGCAGCAAAUAGCAUUUUGUACAAUAGAGGAGUAUAUCCUGAAGAAAGUUUUGCGAAGGUGAAGAAAUAUGGUCUGCAGAUGUUGCUUACCCAAGAUGAAGGUGUCAAGACCUUCAUUUCCAAUUUGACUGCCCAACUCUCUGAGUGGUUGGAAGCUGGAAAGCUACAAAGGAUGGUUCUUGUGAUCAUGAGCAAGGCCUCUGGUGAGGUACUAGAGAGGUGGAAUUUCAGUGUCGAAACCGAUAGCGAGGUUGUUGAGAAAGGUGUUUCAAGGGAGAAAAGUGACAAAGAAAUAAUGAGGGAAAUUCAAGCAAUUAUGAGGCAAAUUAUUUCCAGCGUCACUUUUUUGCCUUGCCUUGAGGAACCAUGUGUGUUUGAUGUGUUAGCAUACACUGAUACAGAUGUUGCAGUUCCAUUCACUUGGAUUGAGAGUGAUCCUAAACUGAUUGCAAAUCCACAUAUGGUCAAACUGCAUUCAUUUGACACCAAGAUUCACAAGGGAAAACCAACACUGAGCCCCUCAUCUAUAAGGUAUGUGGUUUUUUUCCCUCUCUCUAGACUGUCGAAAAGAGGAGCGCAUUUUAAGGAGUAAAUUUCGUACAUGGUCCAUUUAUUACCAAAAGUUACUCUUCUUUCUUUUGUUACACAAAAAUUAUUGUACUAUCAAGAAAGAAGAACAUGAUUAGGACUUAGGAGGUUUGGCUGGCUGAUUUUUUUCAUAGGAUGCGGCUGGUAUUGUGGAUUCCAGUCCAGUCAUUUAAUACACAUUUAAAGUUACUAAUAAGUA